AUGUCGAAUGUGCAAAGCAAUACCGUCGAGGCGAUCGCCAUAGAACCGCCGACGGCUCAGGGCGUUCCGCGUCGAGGCCGGGGCGGGGACGACGAGGAUGAGGGUGAAGCUGCAAGGCAUGUCAUCCCAACACGCUCACCGCUAGUCGCCAGUCCCCGCCAUGCUGAAGCCUACUCCCCGGUCGGCUGCCGAUACAUUCCAUCGACUGCCGGGGGCGUGGCCAAGAAGACUGAGACAAAGCCCGUUCAAAUCCAUGUCACAGACCAAAAGACGCGGAGAGAAAGAGAGACAGCGAGAAAGAAAAAGAUGCAAUACAGGAAUACCAUCUCAGCCGCCCAUUCCCCGACGCCGCUAAAUCGCCCCGUUCAUCUGGUGCCUGGCUACGAUGCUUCCAUGGCUAUUAAUUACUCCGAUGAUCCCCUUCCCACGCACCCGCCUCGCAAACCAACAAUCAAGAUUCCCUCCCGCUUCUCCCUCUCUCGUUUCGCCGACGUUGGCCUUGUCAUGGCUCUGUCGCGUUGUCCGGUGUAUGCGGAGCCAGGGCAUACCCCAAAUAGGCAAUCCCGACCACCGAAUCCCAUAAUACAUCAACCCACAACCAACAACAACUGGAUCCGGGUCCCAUUUACUGCGUAA